AUGACAGUAAGGAGUGAGCCCAGUACUGACACCACGUACCUGUCAUACCAUAGGCCAGCAGGGAGUCGGGCGGAGCAAUCAGAGGCCAAAGCCCCCAGUGGAGAAUGCGUGGUUGCCAGGUUGGUCAUGCUACUCAUUGCCACAGAUACACUUGUAAACAACGUAGAUUGGGGCUACUCGACUAAGUACUAUCCCAGCAUGGAGCAAGUGAUGAUCGAAGAAGAGUUGAAAAACUUGUCCCUUAUUGAGGUGGGCCGCCACACCGCCAAGUAUAUAACUGUGAGUUCCAGACAGAUGGGCAGUCAGUUCCCUCGUGACAACACUACAAGCAACAUGAACACUAAGAUCCUGAUCUUGUUGGGCGUGGCAGCCCUGGCAGCAGCAGACAGCCGCAGCCGUGAAACCUUCUCUUACCAAGCCCCACGUGCUUACUCAGAUGAGUCAUUUGAGUCUACUGAGGCUAAGUACAACUACCAAUGGGCCGUCAGUGACGACCCAUCCCGUAACGAGUUCAACCACCAGGAGGCCCGUGAGAAUGACAAUGCCGAGGGGUCGUAUUACGUGCACCUUCCCGACGGUCGUGUACAGAGGGUGACUUACCGCGUGGAUGGAGAUUCAGGCUACGUAGCUGAGGUCAACUACGAGGGUGAGGCUCAGUUCCCCGAGUCUGAUGAGUCUAGGGAAUAUGCCCCACCCAGGCGCAGCUACUUCGACUCCAAUGAGUCUAAGUAAACAUCUCCCUGAUAUCCUUCCUGGCAACUCUACUGCGAGCCUCACAGACCUUUAUUUAUUUAUUGAAUAUAAUGUAAAUAUUUAUUGGGCUAUAUUUAUACACAGCAAUAAAGACAAAGCACUGA